UCACUUGAGAAGUCACCUGACGAUGUACUGUUGAUGUGACUAAUUGCAAGCAAGGGAAGAAGGCAACGUUUAAACAUUAGAAAUGAGUGUAUUUAAGUCCAUAAAAGGGACUUUACAGAGCGUUCAAAAUGAUAUAAGUGCAGGGUUCAAAUCAUUGCGAGAGGGAGCUCAGAGUGGAGUGGCAACUGAAUUGAAGAAACUGUCUUUGCAGGAUAAUGUCAACUAUGAUGCUGGGGCAGAUAUUCUCAACAUGUACCAACAACAUUGGUCAUCCAUCCACCUGGCAUCAGAGGAGAAUGCCAAAAAAGCACAGCAAUGUGAUGAAACAAUCACUAGUCUCUACCAGUUAUGUCAGAGACAGUCAGACCUCAUGAGCCAAUUGAAUUUGGAGCUGUCACACUUGCCAAAACUUGUUCAAGAUAUUGAACUUAUAAGCAGGAAAAUUGCAUCUCUAAGUUCACAGUUUGAGGAUGUGGAAAAAUUGUUGGUUUCCCUGGAACAAGUGUGUGAGCAGCAGGAGCUGGAGAGGAGUAAACUGAACCAUAGGUAUCAGCUGGCACUGUACAAGGAGAAGAAGAAGGCAGAUUUGGAGCAGAUGAAAGUUAAGCUGGCAGGGGAGCAUGUUGUAAGGGUGCGGGAUUAUGAACUAAGUUGUCAGUUAAGGAUGAAGGAAAGACAAGAAGCCUAUGAGCAAGCAUUUGAAGAGGAAAUGGAAUACUACAAGACUUAUGGACAGAUGCAAAGACAACCCAGCUCUGAUAGUGGUCAGCCAGUGGACCUUGCAGAAGUGUCCAUAGAAGAGGAUCCUAAUGCCCUCAAUGACUUCCUGGACUCCACUGAACUGGACCCAGCACAGCCAGCCACAGAGCUUGAUGAAGCCACAGAGGCCAGGGAAACUGAAGAUUGUUAUAUAUAUGAUGAUGAUGAAGUAACACCAGAUAAACAGUCUGAGGUGACAAAAACUGAGAGUGUGCCUCGCUCUGACACAGUAACCUCAAGUUGCAGUGUACCUGACAGAGAGACACAGGAGGGAUUUAUUGAUGAUGAACUGGAAGACCAUACUUUACAGCAAGAUCAGCCAAGCUAGCACUAGGCUUGGCAGAAAUGGUUUAAGUUCAAACUCAAUAGUAAACAUAUGGGCUUCCAUACUAACUGAAAGACAUCCUAAGUGGGAUAUGGUGAUUUUAGUUUAUUGGAUUGCUUGGUUAAUUUCACUUUGAUUUGAUGUUUUAUCCAGUUUAGCUGUGUUAAAAUACCAUCAAGUGAAUUAAAUGGCGCUUAAUUUACAUUCCACAUGAAUUCAAUGCACAUUCAGUAAUUUUGUAUUUUGUGAGUUUAUCAAGUGAGAAUAUUCUUUAAUUGAAUUGAAUUAGUUCUCAAAUAGAACCAACAUGUUGGGUUCAUUGGUUGAGGGAGCAUUGAAUUUUAGUUAGUUUUACAGAUCAGCAAAUAUAUUAGGUAAAUAUUGAUAGAGAGAAUUAAACUCUGGGUUUCCUUUAUGCCAGUGGCAUCAUUUUAAUGGAAACAGCCAUGAUAUAUUAAUAUCAUGAUAAAAUGAAAAAAAUAUGCAAAAUCUGGUUUUCAAAAGGACAUAGAUUGAAAAUCAUUCUUUAAUUAGCUACCAAGAAUCUUAGCAAAUAAACUUGCAUUUCACAUAGAAUUUGAAGAACCACUAGCCUCAUUUUUAUGUACAAACACUACCCAGACAGCAUUGGCAUGCAUAUGGUGUUAGCCAAACAUCAACAACCUAAUGUUAGCCCUGUCGAUGUUGAUCCAAUGUUACCUUGCUCUAACCUUUGUAAUAUAGUAGAAAAUCAUUAUAAGCUUAACCUACCAAGAAUCCUAGUAAACUUGUGUUUUACAUAGAAUAUAAAAAACCACUAGCCUCACAUUUGUGUGCAAACAAAUUACCCAGAUACAUGUAGCAAGACAGCAUUGGCAUGCAUGUGGCAUUAGCCCAACGUCAACAACCUAGUGUCAACAUUUUUCUUCAAACUCUUGUGAUUAUUUGUCCUAAAAUGUGGGUCAAAAAUGGGCAAGAAAUGAUUAUUCCUUACAUUUCCCCAUAUAUAUAUAUAUAUAUA